AGUACCGCAUUAAAAUGCUGACCAACAAAAAAAAUAUAAGUGCAUAUGUCUAUCGAUUACUUUCGAGGACUGCAUUAGCGAAAAGAGUUACGCCUUUUGAACAGCUAGUUUUUUGUGUAGGCCUUUGGUGCCUGGAAGAUAUGUGGUAUUACUCACUCUUUACAUUGAUGAUGCUGAUGACUUUUGAGGCUACACUCGUUAAGCAGCAACUCAGAAAUAUGUCCGAAAUUCGCAAUAUGGGAAAUAAACCCUAUCUCAUUUAUACAUAUAGAAAUAAGCGUUGGAGCCGCGUGAAAAGCGACGAACUGAUUCCGGGUGAUCUCGUUUCCAUAAGCCGCUCACCGGAUGAGAAAGCAGUACCUUGCGAUUUAUUAUUGUUGAGAGGGCCAUGCAUCGUAGAUGAAUCCAUGCUUACUGGUGAAAGUGUGCCUCAAAUGAAGGAGCCAAUCGAAGACGUUGUGAAGUCGCACUUCUUUGAUUUAGAAACGGACAGUCGCUUGCAUGUGGUUUUUGGUGGCACGAAAGUUGUUCAGCAUACACCACCCGCGAAAAAUGAGGCUGGCAUGAAGGCGCCUGAUGGCGGGUGUAUAUGCUACGUGUUACGAACAGGGUUUAAUACGAGUCAAGGCAGGUUGCUGCGCACAAUUAUGUUUGGCGUUAAACGAGUAACUGCAAAUAAUCUCGAGACAUUCGCAUUUAUCUUAUUCUUGCUAGUGUUUGCUGUCGCUGCAGCAUCCUACUUGUGGAUUAAAGGAAGCGAAGAUGAGCAGCGUAGUAAGUACAAGCUGUUUUUGGAAUGCUCUUUGAUAGUCACAAGUGUAAUCCCUCCGGAAUUGCCAAUAGAGUUGUCACUUGCUGUGAAUAAUUCAUUGGUGGCAUUACAGAAACUCGGCGUUUUUUGCACGGAACCAUUUCGAAUACCGUUUGCUGGCAAAGUGGAUAUAUGCUGCUUCGACAAAACUGGCACACUGACAACUGAUAAUCUAGUCGUUGAGGGUUAGUU